AUGGAGAUGGCGGCGGCGUUCUGCGACGCGGCGCAGCCUUCUCCGGAGCUGAAGGUCGUCGGUCUCGGUCUCGUCAGCAUACUCACCGCGUGCUACCCGGGGAUGAUGUCUCCCCACCAGGACGGUUUGCUCCAGAUGUUUGCGUACUCCCUCGAAGACGCGGACAUCGGCGUGAGGGUGGCGGCCUUGAAGGCGGCCUGUUCCUACCUCCAGCGCUUGUUUCCGGGACCGUCAGGUGCUGCCGCGUCCUCUUCUCUGUGGCCGAAGAUGAUGUCCGUCGUGGAGGCCGCGGCGAACUCCGGGGAUCCAGUCGCUGCCCAAGAAGCACGGGAGGCGGUCGACGGGAUUACCAUCGAGCAGUCCGGGGCCGCCGGGGGGCACGCAGAGGGGACCAGCAUCGAAACGAGCGGCCCCACCCUGGAAGAACUCCAGGGAGAAACGGGCCACCCGCUGCAAACGGCGGCUUCGGUGCAGAGUAACGAUGGUCACAACGGCGGCAAUAACGGCAGCGAUGGCCGGGCCGGCAGCGACAUCGGCACCGAAGGAACCCGCGAUUCUGCCGUUUUGCACGACCCGCCUCUGCUUCUCCUAGCGGCCGAGGCGGACCAGGAGGCGUAUCUUACCGCUGGGCGGGACGAACGAUUAACGUGGAAACGAUCACCUAGCGGCGGCGGCGGUGGCGGCGAGUCCUCCUUUCCGCUGCCGCCCGAAACGCCCGCCGAUGAUAUCGCAGCGGCAGGUACGGGGAAGAAACGGCAGCGACCAGAAGGAGGAAGCGGGGGUGGGGGACAACCACCGGGCGGGCAGCGGCCGAACGGCGAGGACGAUCACGAUAACGACGAUCGGGGCCGUCGUUGGAGCGGAGAGAGUGGACAGGGACAGGGCGACCGGCGAACGUGCGGGGACCAGGAGGCGGGGGAGAGGGGCGGCGGCGAGAGAGAGAGCUCCCAAAGACAGGAAGGGGAUACCACGGCGCCACAAGCACGGCGCGAAGCCGGCGGCGGCGGCGGAGGCGGCGGAGGCGUUCUUGGUGCCCACGGCCGCCCCGCAGGAGACUACGGUGGUGGUAGUAGCCAGGGGCCGCUCGAGGACAGCAGCCACAACGACCGCAAGCGCCGUUGCAAUGCCGUCCCUCCGGCUGCGGCUGGUUGCACUAGCAGCAAUGCUGUCUCAGCCUCGCCGGGAACAACGCUGGUGGCGAUAGACGGGAGCAAUGUUGCCUUCGCCUUCUCUGACGGGAGCAUGGGAGAGAAGCGGUGGUCGUUCAGGGGGCCCUCGGCGGCUAUCCAGUUCUUCAAGAGGCGUGGGAUUCCGUGCGUGAUCUUUGUCCCCAAUUGGCGCAUGAGCACCUUAACGCGGAACGAUGAGUGCUACCCUGAGUUUGAGGAGGCCCUGAGAAGCGGCGAGAUCUGCAGGGUCCCCGCAAAUAAGAACGACGAUUUGUUCAUCCUGCGGUACGCCAUUGGCAAGAAGGCCUACGUGGUCUCCAACGACCAAUUUCGCGACCACGCUCGAAGCAGUCAAACUCUAGCUGCUCUGGGACUUAACGCCGCAGAGCUUCAGGCGUUCCUUGCUCAGCACCAAGUGUGCUACACUUUCGCCCGUGCCGAGUUCAUCCCAGAUCCGGAAGCUAACCUCAUCAGGAUGAUCACCCAGCAGGAGGCAGAAAAACGACGAGAGAUGGAAGCCAUGUCGCUCGAGGCAGCGGGGCCACACGGCGGGCCUGCACAAGGCGGCGGGCCCGUUUUUCCACAACAAGGCUAAGGACGGGCGGAAGGCAGAUGACAUGGCUAGAAGAGCAGAGGGGCAGCGCUAGCCGACAGAAAGGGCGACACUAAGCAGAUCAAAGAAAAGACGUGCGAUUUUUUUGUGGUGAACUUGCCAGGCGUUGUGCGGCCGUCGAUGAUGGAUAUCACCGCCGACCCCGUCUGGACAGAUGGUGGCAUUGAUAACUGCGAUGGGGGGGCUGGUUUUCAAGCUGCCACAACAACCAUGAGUCUCAGACACACUGUUUUGUGCUGUGGUAGAAUAUUUUUUACGUGUUUGUCAUCAGUUUGGGCAAAUCUGUUGUUUCGGCAGUGGUAGUCGUGUUUUGGCUGACUUCCUUCCCUUCGUGUUUUUGUGCUGUGUAUGUGUAUGUGCAUCGGUUGUUCUUGUGUGUUCAUGGUUCCCCCCGUUGUUGUUACGGUCAACGGUCGAGUUGCUACUCAGGCCCGCCUGGUGUAGACAUGUAACAAGUGUAUCGACAAUCGGCGCAGCGGAUUGAAUACGGUUUUCAUCUAUCCCGGGUGCGUGAGCGCGCCCUUGCAAGCAUAUCGCUACGGUUCCGAGACGUGGGCACUUGGUCCGUAAAGGGAGGUUGUGAGGUGUGCCCGGGUACAUCCUUGGUAACGAAGUUCUUGGAAUGCGUCUCAGUGUCGGUGUUCCUUUUGUAUUCGGGACCUGCGGCGAGACGACGUUCCACCUUGCCCGGCGUGAUAUAGGUAUAGAACCCCGCUAGCAUAGUUGGUACCAUGAUUUAGGUAUAGACUCCCGCGAGCAUAGUUUGCAGUCUCUGAUGUUUAUUAGAGGUACCCUAUUUGGUGGCGUGGUCUGUGUUCUGGGUUGUUUCAUGUUAUCUGGUGGAAGGGUUUAGACGUUUAGACUAUGUUUUUUAGCGAACACUAUACUGUGCGAGAUAUGGUUUCGUGACAACAUGCGAGGUAGGGUUUUCGUGACAAAAAAAAUAGUCGAAUAGCCGCCACCGCCGCUGAGUGUUCCGUGUUCAGGAGCUAGUUACGAACCUAUGCCAAGAGGUGUUGCAGCGCCCGUGGUGACAGAAAGUAUUCUAAGACUGACUUCAGAGUGCCCCCAGGAAGCGCCGAAACGGCGCACAGCCGGGGCAUUGCUCUGGGUGGGGACCGAAGAAAAUUCCUAUUUUUUAAUAAUUGCUACCGUUUUGAGGACUUAACGGCUGUUCAGCCUCGAGGGAAAUGAGUAAGCUCGUUGUACUCGAGGAGCAUGCACGUACGACUGCUACGUCGUGCGAACGCUGUUCCCUUUCGCCUUAGCUUCGUGGGAGCCCGUCCGCGGUUGAGGCUGGGUGAACGCACGUUCGAUCGUGCGUUGGGUGAAGCUGUAUGCGCUGCCGGGGGAAGCGCAACAAGAAAACUUUACAGCCAUCUCCCCGGAUUGCCUUGCGCAUUGCCACCGCGGAAGCAAUAGCAUGGGUUGAAACGUGUUGUAGACUUAAGAAGAAUCAGCAGGCAGGGGGUUAGCCCCAGGUGUGAUGCUGGCCUUGGUUUCUCGUCAGAGAUUUGGGUGCGACGGCCCACUGCCAAUCGUAGCAAGGUUGGAGCGGGUCAGUAAUACCAAACCAUACCAUGUUUUUGGCAGGCAGUUAUCGGUGUCCUUUCGAAGCCGAAAUCAAACCAUUUACAUGUGAG